UCGGAAAGCUGCGCAUGCGCAGUAUCGCGCCUGAGAGCGCGGCGUCUGUGAAGGUUGCAGUGGGCUCGUAUCCUGCUCGUUUGUUUUGCUGUCGGAGUUGUUUUGCUGUCAGGUAGCUCACGUUCCUUGUCUAGUUCAGAGGGCGUGUCUUAGACUAAGAUGGAAAAUGAAGAGGAGACGUUGCUGAAGAGCCAGGACUCAGUAGAGAAAAGGUUGGGGCGAACGACGCUGUUAGACAGUGGAGAAGAUUUUGAGAUGCUAGAAGAAGUUGAUGAUGGAGUGGAUGAUGAUCUCCCCCCUUUAGAAGAUGCAGGUGUUGGAAGGAAAGAAAGCCAUCAGGCAAAUAAAACAGUGAAAGAAAUCACAGACCCCAGUCAGUGUCCACCCCAAGAGGAAUGGCUGGAUGUCUUGGGAAAUGGGCAGCUGAGAAAGAAAGUUGUAGAAGCUGGGUCUGGUCCUGACAGUAAACCUCAGAGGGGCCAAAACGUCACCAUUAAUCUCAAAACCACUCUGACUGAUGGAACUACAGUGGAGGAGGAGUCCAACGUCUCUUUCACGCUUGGUGAUGGUGAUGUCAUUCAGGCAUUGGAUCUCACUGUGCAGUUAAUGGAGAUGGGAGAAAAGGCUCUGAUUGAAGCAAAGGCCAAAUACGCAUAUGGUGCACUGGGGAGCAGUUCUACUCCUGUUGUGCCCCCCAAUGCUGAUUUGAUUCUGGAGGUGCAUCUCCUGUCUGCUGUUGAUGCUCCUGACCUGGAGCUUCUGCCUCCCUCUGAGAGGAUCAGUUUGGCAAGCAGGAAACGAGAACAGGGCAAUGUGCACUACCAGCGUGGUGAUUACGCCUUUGCUGUUAACUCCUAUGGGAUUGCCCUGCAGAUAACGGAAGCAAGUUCAAAAGUGGACAUCAGCCCUCAGGAAGAAGAGGAGCUGUUGGAUGUAAAGUUGAAAUGCCUAAACAACAUGGCUGCCGCUCAGCUCAAGCUGGACCACUAUGAAGCUGCCCUGCGCUCCUGUGUCUCUGUUUUAGCUUACCAGCCAGACAAUAUCAAAGCUUUGUUUCGUCAGGGCAAGGUACUGGCGCUACAAGGAGAGUAUGCUGAUGCAAUUAGAAGUUUGAAAAGAGCCUUAAAGUUGGAUCCAAGUAACAAGACCAUCCACGCAGAGCUGUCGAAGCUGGUGAAGAAACACUCGGAACAGAAGGGUGCUGAGCAGGCUAUGUACAAGAAGAUGCUUGGAAACCCACCUGACAUCAACACUGUACAGAAACCCCAGGCCAAGUCCUCAUGGAGUAUAAGCUGGAAGUGGUUGUUUGGUGCUACUGCUGUUGCAAUUGGAGGUGUAGCCUUGUCAGUGGUCAUUGCUGCUAGAAAUUAAAUGAGUUCAGGAUGCUAGCAUAAACUUGAUUUUAGAUACACCCUUGUCCAUUUAGAGUACUUUAUGCUUUCUGUCACAGAAUGUAACUUUAUAAAUUAUUAACAAAGUUUCUUUAAAUGCAUGAAAGGUGAUUUGAGAAAAUGUUGAUGUAUGAAGUGAUAAUACAUCUGUAAAAUGAGUAAACUUGCCAUUUUGUUGUGGAAAUGAACUAGGUUAUCUAAAUCUUGGUAAUGUUUAAAGCCUCCUGCAUAAUGAUGUGCGUUUUCUACAUCUCAUCACCUCCUUGGCCUCCUGUGUUUCUGAAUCAGCAAGACUGUUUCUUAUGUAGCCGAUAUGUGCGCUGCUAGCUUGUAUUCCUACAUGGCUCACUUCUAAGCAAUUACAUGGCCAAGGAUAGAGAACAAUAUUCGCUUUUCGCAGUUAUUUCUUCCGUGUUUAACCAGUCCACUGACUAUUUUUUUGGCCUCCUUUGCAUUCAGGAGGGUGUACCUCACCUUUUAAAAUCUCUGACCAAACACUGUAAGGAUUUUACAAGAAAAUCAAACUAAUUGACUUAGACUUUAUUGAUUUAGACCUAUUUUAUGUCUAAAUAUGUAAAUGGUAUUUAUUUUAAAUAUUAUCCUUAAUAUGUCUAAUUUUCUGAAGAAUGAUUAUGUAAAUGGUUUGGUUCUCAUUUGGUAUUGAAAGUAACAACAUUCCUGAUAAUAUUUCUUUUAUUUGUUGAAAUAAACUUUUGCACAUUCAGUUCAUACACCUGUGGUAUUCCAUGAGAAGAAGUGGCUAGUUAAUGUUUGAUUAAACACUUACAAUCACCUAAAGGAGUUUCACUUUUAAUUCUAUAAUAAAUUUUCAUGACUAUA